UGCGCUCAUCAACCAUCAGUUGGCAAGUGUCUGGCGUGAGGGGCGGUCGCUCCGUCGUGUCAUUGAUCGCUUCUUCUCCAAGUUCAGUGUUAACCAAAGGAAGUUCAUACACACUCACUUGAUCAUAUACCGUAAUAUUCACCAACGUUUUCAAAGACGUCACAGUUAGGAGGUGGGAGCUGCCCUCAGCUGGUGCAUCAGAGUGAAGGCGGGUGAUUGACAUACCAACUGACCUCUGCUAUUUCUGGACCAGUUUCAGAGAUGUGGGGCCUGGUGUAUGUAUGCGUGGUGUUGGUAGCCUCCCCCAGUCACGGGGAAGUGUUUACGGCCAUGUCGGAUAUAAGUCGACUCCUCACAACAGAGGGGGAAAUGAUUAGAGCCGUUGAGAACUAUAUUAUCGCUCAGGAAGAAAGGCUGGAGAAACUCAAAAGAGAUGUGUACGAGAUGGAAAGAGUGCACGACGAAGCAGCUCGCUCUCCUGAAGCCUUCUUGGGGAACCCCAUUAAUACCUAUCUGCUGGUGAAGCGACUUACCGUUGAUUGGACAGACAUGCAAAAUAUCAUGACUGAUGACAGUAUGGGAAAAGCCAUGUUGAACAAUUUGACCAGCAUGGCUGAUUUCCUGCGGUGGCCUGAUGAAGAGGACCUGGCUGGUGUGGCUGUUGCUCUUAUGAGACUUCAGGACACAUACAAUCUAGACACGGCUCAGUUAGCUCGAGGACACAUCUACGGCAAGAAGCAGGCAUACAGAGAACUGACAGCCGCCGAUUGUUUUGAACUGGGCCGCCAGAGCUACAAUGCCGGGGACCAUUACCACACAAUGCUCUGGAUGAACGAGGCACUAAAGCGUCAAGAGAUGGAAAGCAACAAGACGGUGGAUCAUUCAGACAUCCUGGAAUAUCUGGCGUUCUCUACCUACAUGCAGGGCAACGUAAGACAGGCUCUCAAGCUGACAGAUGAACUCUUGGCAGAGAAGCCUAACCACCAGAGAGCACAGGGAAACAAAGUGUAUUACGAGGAGGCCCUUCAAGCUCAGUAUGCAAAGAAACGUGGGGAAGAUGGUGUCACCAUGGAUAAAGAGGCUGUAGAGAAGGGUUAUACUGUGACGGAGAAUGCUGAAGUUGCUAAUGACUGGCAGAGAGAGCGGCGAGCGUACGAGCGCCUGUGUCGGGGUGAAGGCAAGCUCUCGCCCUCCGCUUCCAAAAAGCUAUUUUGCUAUUAUCAGCAUGGUCCUAGUGAAUUCCUGCGCAUCAGUCCUGUCAAGACAGAGAUGGUGCAUAUUAACCCAACUGUAUAUAUUUACUAUGAUGUCCUCAGUGAUAGCGAAAUUGCUGUCAUUAAGGAACUUGCAACACCCAAUUUUAAACGAGCAACUGUCCAGAAUUACAAGACCGGUGAGCUUGAAACUGCAUCUUACCGCAUCAGCAAAUCCUCAUGGCUGAAGAAUGAGCAUCACGAGGUUGUAGCAACUGUCAAUCAACGUAUCGAGUCCAUAACGGGGUUGGAAAUGGAUACUGCUGAAGAAUUACAGGUGGCAAACUAUGGAAUUGGAGGUCAUUAUGAGCCACAUUUUGACUAUGCAAGGCGAGAGGAGAAAGAUGCCUUUAAGUCUCUAGGCACUGGUAACAGAAUUGCAACUUUCCUCUUCUAUAUGACUGACGUGGAGGCCGGAGGUGCGACAGUGUUCCCAUACAUCAACUUGAGUCUUUGGCCCCAGAAAGGUGCUGCUGCAUUUUGGCACAACUUGCACCCAAAUGGGGAGGGUGACACACUUACACGACAUGCAGCUUGUCCAGUGUUAGUUGGCACUAAAUGGGUAUCCAACAAAUGGAUUCACGAACGUGGACAAGAAUUCCGAAGGCCGUGUGCUCUAAAUCGCAAUGAAUUAUAAUAAUCUACGGUUAUAUGGUGUGUGUUUGUGUGUGCAUAUGUUGUACAGGGGUAUUUGAUUUAGUUUUUCAGCACCAGUGAUGAUAAAUUAUCUCAAGUUGAAGAUUACUCCGCACGUUCCUAAGGCUUGGUGUAUUUAUCAUAAGUUUGGCACAGUUGGCUAUUUGAGAAAUAAGUUACUUUGUAUUUCUGCCAAAGAAAAACUGUAAUACGUAUCAGUUAAGCAUUUUAAGAGUUCUUACAAGCAUAAAAUUACAUACAGUAUUCUUAUCAAAGAAUUAAUGUUUGCAUUAAAGUAUUCACGAGAAGGGUUAUACUGGUAUCACUUUAGUGAACUAUUGAAAAAUUAUUGCUUUCUAUAGACAUUGUAAUUUGUUAAGACUUGCACAGUGGCUUUCCACUUGAGCUGAACAACUGGCUCCACACUCUUGGUGUGAGCCAACUGUUUGAACUAAUCUGGUACUGUAUAUCCAGAUUAGUAGGAUUAUAUUUGUUGCAUUCAACACUAACCUGAGCAAAAAUCUUUCAGUGCAUCUGAUUUUCUGUUGGAAUGGGAAUCUACUGCACUUAUUUUAACAUCUAUAGAUAUUUAUAUAAAAGGAUGAGAUGGCAGUGAGGUACCCCAGGGGUUUUAGAAGAGCACUUGGAUGCAUCCGCCCCCAAGACCCCCCCCCUCAUCUAUCCCCCACCCUUCUCCAUUCUUGCCUGAACUACUGCCACGUAUAUUUUUGAAAAUCUUACGCCGACUCUCAUUAACACACGUGAUAUACAGUAAAACCUUUUUUAAUGUGUGUUAAUAAAUUAUUUCAAUUACAUAUGGCAAAAAUAUAUUGAAGGUCUGAUUUGAGUGUUCACAUUGUGUGUAUGUGUAUAUGGAGUCAAUAAUUGGCCAGACUAUGCACAUUUUAUGAUUAGAAAAUUUUUGAUUGUUAAAUGUACAGUAACAACCUGUUUCCUCAGUUACGUGUGUGUUAGUUUCUCCUCUUGGUAUUUGGCUUCACGCACCAUUACUUAUUUAAUGUGUGUGGGUUUGUGUAAUUUUGCCACCUUGUUAUUUGAAGGCAUAUACAGAUUUACAUUCCACUGAGCAAGAGCCAGCCUGGUAACAGUAGCAGACAAAGGAGGCAGCACUUGAGAGUGUGCACGCAGGUGAUGCCUCGGCUACACAACCACACCGUUUCAUAGUAAAUGAAGUUAAGUUAAGCUAAGUUAGGUGGUGGUAGUAAAGGUGACUUGUUAUGAAGGAAUAUUGUAAUACUCUAUUUUGAGGCCAUCAUCAUUCAAAGAUUUGCUUUUAUUUUCAGUUAACAUUUUAUUCAGUAUGAGUUUCAUCAAACUGAGCUUAUUCCAAGCAAAUUGUCUGAAGAUUGUUAAAGACACAUCCUUGAAUGGUAUUUUUCCCCAACAUGCUUGUCAGCAGGUACUGCUCUCCAACUAAUUUGUAAUGUAAUACUAUAUGAAUGAAGUAGCUGAACUACAUAUGUUAGGCAAGUAGAGGAAGCCUGGAAGGUGACUGGUGGUGAAAGCUAUACUGUGUGUCAGUUACAAUCACAUAGGAAUAUGAAUAAGCGUUAGUGUCACUCUCACCUUGGCAGACACCAAUAAAUGAUGCCUUCAUGGAUGAUAACAGAGUGCAGCAGCUUGCAUUGUCACCUUGGUUAGCUUCAUUGUUUGUGAGCGUUUGUAUAGCUGAUUAUUGCUCCUUGACUGUUAUAGCCGACAGAGAAGCAUAGCAUUACAUAUAUCACGUCAUCUUCCAGUUUCUGUAUAUAUACUGUAUAUAUUGUAUAUACAGUAUACAAGUUACUCGUGCUUUUAUUUAAUUGAUAUUGAUUAUCUUGAAAGAAAAUGGUAAUUAACAUAUAUAAAUAUUGACAUUAGUUAAAAAUUAUAUAACUAUUGAUUAAUGGUUGUUUUAGAAAAUGUAAAGAAAAUAAGUUGCAACAGGAGCAAAUUUGUAACUAUUUUUAUAGUUUUUAACUAGUAUAUUUUUUAGCAUAUCAGAUAUGACAGGGAUAACCUUUUAUAUAUUUAAUACUACAGUUAUGUUCUUCCAAGUGGUAAAAUGAUUGUUUAGUAAUUAUUGGUAUGACAAAAGCAAUUUGUAAUAUUUUUAGUAAACUUAAAUGUUUAACCUUGUAGUGUGUGGUUAGAUGUGACUGCCAGAAAUGUUAAAGAUGAAAAUUUUGCAGCAUGAGGAGAAUUCUGUAACUGCAGAUGUUACAGCCCCUCACAGGUAGUGGCUGUUCUUGACAGCGUGACUAGCAUAAAUAUACUGUAUAUGCUUAAGACGUUAAAAAUGAAGCAGAGAGAUGCUCAAAUAUUUAUGAAAGAGCCAUGGCAUAGUUUGUAGUUGCUUGUUAAUAUUUGAGUAAUUAUGGCAAUAAGAUGCAAAGUAGUUAACCACAGACUUCAAAAUUUAUAACCGAGCCUAAUGCUAGGCUGUUUUAAAAGAUCUAGGGGUCUUUUUUUCUCUCUCUCUCUCUCUCAAUAAUGAUUGCUUUAAAUCUCAGUGGGAAGACUUAGAUCUUCAAUGUACAUACUACAAUAUAAGGUGUUCCAUUGUCCCCACACUCUAGUAUAGUUUCCAGUGGAGCCGGUAUCUACACAGUUUUCAAAUCCUCUUGACUAAGUGGCAUUUUAAUUAUACCAUUAUUUUGUGGUGUCUUCCUCUAAAUUGUUAUAUAAUUACAUUUAUCGGUUUAAAUUAUUAUCACGCCUUUUGUCUAAAUUAUUAAAGCUUUACUGGGGUCCUCCCUGAGAACAUAAGGUCACCAUCAAGAUGAUGCAACUCAUUAAUGGACAUUUUGAAUUUCUCAUUCAAAGCUUCUCAAUACAGUACUGUAUUUUUUAGCCAUUUUAAAUUUAGUAUUCCUUAGACAAAAUCAUAAGAGUUGAAAUAUGAUGUUUUACUGUGAAAGCUUCACAUCAUUUAUUUUGUUACGGCAAAUAUAUUCGUCUCGCUUUUUACCCAUUUUGUGUACUCACAAUUUUUACAAUUUAGGAUUUCAUGUACAAUGGAUCCUUAAUAUUGUAAAAUUGAUUCAUCUGAUAAUAAAGAUUAUAAAUAACCCAACACACACACAAAUGAAAGUGACGACAUUUUGUCCAUCCCAGACCCUUGUGAAAGUGACCGAGACAUCUUCACGUUUUUCAUGUGUGUGUUGGGUUGUUUCAGCCAUGUUAAUGCGACUUCUCUGCAGGUUACAUAGUCUCCCCGGCUUGGUGCGUUCUUUUGAUAAUUACUUCUUCUCUGCACUAAAGUUAUAUGAAAUAUAAUUCUUUAUCCUGAAAUUGACUGAAAAUCGUAAUAGUAACCGAGGUUGUUAGUAGUUUGUCUAGACCUAAUAUGACACUAAAGAUGCCAGUCAUAUUGAUUCAGAAACAAAUAUUAUUUAGAAUUCUUCAUAAUUUAUAUAUUAUUGAAAGUAGUGCUGUAAGUGGUUUGAUGCAUGGUCAGUAGGCUGGCACUCGUGCCACCGAGUGUUGUAUUUCAUGGAGUAAUAAGAAUAGUUAGGGUGAGAGUGCAGAGGUGCCAUAUGUUGUAAACUUACAAUGAAUGUUUUGUUAUGUAAUGUUGCUCAUGGAACAUAAUGCAGCACACUGAAGUAA